AUGGCUCAAAUCGAAUUGGAACAUGCCAUUGGUUUCUCUUCCAAAUUGCCUCAGUCGGUGCUGCAACAUCCCAAGCAAUCCAAUUGUUUUGUUUUUAUUUCGGGAAGUGUUGCAGUGAUGAAUGAUAGUGAAGAUCCGAAUGGCCAGAGGUUUAUGAGAGGUCAUGAUGAUCGGGUUUCAUGUUUAGCCUUCUCCAAUCAGGGCUACUUGAUAGCAACGGGACAACAGGGAGAAAAUGCCGAUGUUUGUGUGUGGGAUACGUUAUCGCUUGAACUGGUGCAACGAUUGGGAGAACAUGAAAAAUGUGUUAGAGGUGUUGCCUUUUCUCAUGAUGACAAAUUGCUUGCUACGGUCGGAAAUGCUGCCGAUAGAAGAUUGCUGAUCUGGAAUGUUUCAACAGGAAAUAUUGUUGCAAGUGCCGCUCUUCCAAAACAAACAGAUGACAAGAUUUUGGUUUGUUUUGGUGGUAUGGUGAGAGAUAUUAAAAAGCGAGAAACAGAUCGAUAUUUACUUGCAACUUGCUCGGCAGGAAACAUUAUCAUUUGGAGUUUGGAUCCCUAUAAGGGAAUAUUGGAACAAGAAAAAGUCAAUACAGGUGCAUUCGUAAGAGAAUACACGUGUAUGCAAUUUGAUAAGCUUGGUGAAUAUUUAUUUGUUGGAAGUACGUCUGGAGAUUUGUCUUUUAUGCAUGUCAGGCUAAAACGAUUGCAAUCAGCUCCCGUAAAAAUUUGCUCUUCAGGAGUACUUUCCAUUGUGAUAAAUCCUUCCAAUGGUCAUGUCGUUGUUGGUGGAGGUGAUGGAAGUAUAACAAUAUUUGAUUGCCAACAAAUUGUCAAGAAACAGAAAAUUUCAAAUUCUGGAGGAAUAACCUCUCUCUCAAUUUUUGGAAAUGAAUUUAUUUUGGCUGGAACAGACGAUGGAGAAAUUUUGAAAAUCUCACUAGAUAAGUUAGAACCUCGUUUGAUCGCAAGAAACCACUCCAAAUCCAUUUACGGUGUUGAUUUUCCUUAUGGCCUUAGUGACAAGUUUGCAACCAUUUCUGAAAAUUGUGAGGUCAUAUAUUGGGACUUGGCCAACUAUUUACCAGAGACUCGAUGUAAAUUUGCUCAAUCAGACUCUAUGAAAGGGGCCAAUGUUUUCCCUGUUUCGUGUGCAUUUAUUAAGGAUGAGAUUAGUAUUUUGCUGACGGGAUGGAGUGACGGCUCUAUUCGAGCUGUGGACUGUGAAACAGGAGAACAACUGUGGACUCUGGCCAAUGCUCACAGGAUGGCCGUCACAAAAAUCGACACCAGUCACAACAACAAAUUUUUUGUUUCUGCAGGCCAAGAAGGAGAUGUUCGAGUUUAUGCAAUGAAAACAAGACAGCUUGUAUGCUCCUUCAAAGAACAUUCUACAAUGGUGACAGGUUUAAAAAUUAUGCAAGAUGAUGUGCAUGUGUUUUCGAGUAGCAAAGAUCGAGAGAUUUUCUGUUACGAUUUGAGAAAUGAACGACGAGUGGCCUCCUACAAUCACAAAGUUGGCUCUGUGAAUGGUUUUGUUGUUUGCUCGGACCAAGAAACCAUUAUUAGUAUUGGUUCAGAUCGAUACAUUACUUACUGGAAUAUUGCCUCAGAUGCUCCACAACGAAUCAUUCCAUAUUCAAAGAAAUUUGAACCCAAAUUCAUCACCAAAACCAACAUGAACGAUCAUUUAAUUGCAGUAUUCGGUAACGAUGAAAAGAUUCAUGUCUAUCAAGUUGACUCUGGAGAAAGGCUGGCCAGUAUAGACACAGAGGGUCAAUAUAUUUAUUCUAUCAAGUUUUCGCCAGACGAUAAACAACUCAUUGGCGUUGGUGAAGGUGGCAUCAUUCUCUUAUUCAAUGUGUACUAA